GGCGAAAGUCGGAGGCUUUCAGAAUUUUCUGUUGGAUGAAGUGGACUUGUCUCGGUCUAAUUGCUUGAACUGCGCGCAAGCAUAUCUCGAAGAAGGAACAGGAGGAAUAUAUAAUGUAGUCACCUGAGGGAAAAGCGAACAAUUGACAGUGGUUGCUGAGACGCGGUUCGAUCAUGUGCCAGAUCGGCGACUCUGGAGUCCCUGCGCCGCAGCCGCGCCCAAGUCCGUCGCCCUGGGAAGAGGAUUCGGAGGUACGAGUUUCCGACCAGCCACCAGCCCAUCUCCAUCGCCUUUGUUCUCUCCAGUUCCAAAUCAUCUGAUGCUCUCGUCCAUGGCCCCAACUGAUUCGGUCCAGCAGAACGGGUCACCUCACAAAUCACAUUCUGCGGCCUCAAGCGCAUCCGACGGCAUUGAACCCUCCGAUGAGCGCAUUCUCCCUGAGGCCGAGAAGCCUGCCUCGACUUCACUCGGAUCUCAAUCACCACCCGUGAAGCAUCCUCUCCAUCAGAUCAAGGCUCCCGGCAGCGUUCAGGCUCUUGCUGUCGACGAUGAUGUGAUCUUUGCCGGCACCCAGGGGGGCAACAUCGUCGUUUGGUCCCUCGAGACGUACGAGCUUCUAGCUACAGUCCCUGCUCACAAAGAGAGUGUCCUCAGUCUAUCCCUCUCGGACGACAGGACGCUUCUUUUCUCCACUGGUGCCGAUGCCAUUGUCAAUGUUUGGUCCACCGAGUCGCUACAGAGACUCUAUUCUCUAUAUUCGCACUUCGAGAUUGGCGAUGUCUUCUGCGUGGUCCACUCUACUAAGGUCCAGACUCUGUUUUGGGGCGCCCAAAAUGCCAGCAUUCAGUGGUACAAGCUCAAUACCGACCUCGCUGUCAAAUCUCCAGCGUCCACCUUUGCACCCGGCUCUCGCAAACAUCGAUUCUUCGACUCUUUGGGACCAGGCGGGAUAGCCAAUGUCAUUGCAGAUGAGGGUGCAAGCAAUGGGCCUAAUAACCAGGGCGGUCGAGCCUUGACCAUCCCUAGCCACAACUAUCUUCCUUACGCUCACAAAAGCUAUAUUUACAGUAUGCUACUGGUAAAAGGGCUUUUCACGCGUGGCAGAGAUGAGGAAGUCCUCGUCACCGGUGGCGGCGACGGAACCAUCAAACUAUGGUCGGUUGAAGAUCUGGCUGGAGCCGGACCAAGACAGAUCACAAAAUUCAAAAAUGCAGACUCGAAUGUGUUGAGUCUCUCAUACCGUGGCUCUUUCCUUUAUGCUGGUCUGUCGGAUGGGCGCGCCCACAUUUACAACCUGGCAUCAAACCAACUCGUGCAAAAGCUCCAAGUGGGCCACGGCGACGUCAGUCAGAUCCUGGUGAGCACAGAGAGCAUCUUGUGCGGAACCAGCCAAGGUUGGAUCAAGCGGUACGACGAUCAUUUCGCAGAGCUCGAAUCGUGGCAGGCGGCUGCUGGAAAAAUCCUAGCGAUGGGCUUGACAACAACCCCGGAUCACGACAUGCUAGUAACGGGAGGAAACGACAGUGUGGUAUCCUUCUGGAGCGGCAAGCCUGGGUCCCAUGCCUCCAUCGCCGCAUCUGCGAGGAGCAAUGAUGAACUCGUCAACGCUCUUCGAGAAUUUGUGGCAUACCGUACGGUGGCCUUGAACCCCAUGUGUGUUCGGGACUGCCAUGAAGCGAUCACAUUUCUUCGCAAGAAAUGUAAUGCCUUUGGUGCGACAACCCGCCUCCUAUCACCCCAAGAAGGGGUCAACCCGGUAUUACUCGCAAGGUUCCCGGCAUCCAAACCUACCAAAUCAACAAAAUCAAUUCUUUUCUACGGCCAUUAUGACGUGGUCGAUGCCGAGUUUGACACCAGCAGCUCAAAUCCAACAUGGAACGGAGAUCCAUUCGUUCUUCAGCCACUAGACGCGUACCUUUAUGGCCGUGGCGUAACCGACAACAAAGGUCCUAUCCUAGCCGCCAUUUAUGCUGUGGCCGAUUUGGUCCAACACGGCUCUCUGUCUUGCAAUGUGACGUUUCUGCUUGAAGGCGACGAAGAAGCUGGCUCCCGAGGGUUCCGCCAAGCCGUUCAAUCGGCCCACGACGCCAUUGGUCCGGUGGACUAUAUUCUUCUAUCCAACAGCUACUGGCUAGAUGACCACAUCCCCUGUCUUACAUUUGGCAUGCGUGGAGUUAUUCAUGCCAGCGUCACUGUCACUUCUAACCGACCAGAUCUGCAUUCGGGAAUGGAUGGGAAGUCUGUCCAACACGAACCACUCAAGGAUCUGACGGUUUUACUUGCUGCUCUUGUUGGGUCUUCCGCAACCAAAGUUACGAUUCCGAAGUUCUACGACACGGUUGAUGAGCUGUCCGAAUCAGAAGUGAAGGCCUAUGCAUCCAUUACCUCCUCGCUUUUACCUGGCCACCCGGAGAUCAAAAAUGAGAAGGCUUUUGCCCUCUCGCUAAUGCAACGGUGGCGCUAUCCCAAUCUUACUGUGCACCGUAUCGAAGUGCCUGAGGCAAAGACUGCCGUCACCAUCUCUGGCUCCGCGAAAGCGACACUUUCCAUUCGAAUCGUCCCAUCCCAGACGGCGGAGCAGAUUGCCCAGUCGCUUACAGAAUAUCUACAUGCCGAGUUCGCGAAGCUGCAGAGCUCGAAUUCUCUGACUGUCACCAUCACGUCGAAAGCAGAUCCCUGGCUUGCCGAUGUGAAUUGUGAGAUCUACACGGCUCUCAAAGACGCCAUCAUUGACGUCUGGAAUCCUGACGUUGCAGCGCAUCAGCAACGAACGUUCAAGGCGUCCACUGUCGGCAGCACCGCUGACACCGUGGGAAGCUCAUUCCCACCGUCGAAGGCGACGACAACCCCUUCGUCCUCCAAAGCUACCACCUCAUCAUCAGCAUCAACAGAAACUCCAACCCGCACAUCCCAUCGCCGGGCCUCCUCCCUCGCGACGACGGGCUUCUUCCCACCUUCAACUCUGCCACGAGAACCCUUGUUCAUUCGCGAAGGCGGCAGUAUCCCCGCGAUAUCGUUUCUCGAACACGAGUUUGAUGCCCCGGCCGCCAUGUUCCCCAUGGGUCAGGCGAGCGACAACGCGCACCUGGACAAUGAGAGGAUGCGGGUGGAGAACCUGUACAAGGGCCGAGAGGUUCUGAAGAGGGUGUUUGCGAGGUUGUGAUGCUUGACGGAAUGGGUGUGAAGAUGGAAAAAAAAAUUGUAAAAGGGGGCUUUUGAUAUCCAACAGGUCAUCUUGACACUGCUUGUCGUAGCUGCUCCCGAGUCGGAUGGACACGCUGCUGCGGUUGGUGGUAAAAGCCAUUUUGAUCAUCCCAGGUCGCUAGACACGUAGACAGCCAUCUAUCAGGAUAUCGCCGUGCAAUGGUUAUGGAUGGCAAUGUCGAGGACUCGACACAGAUAGGCGUAGUCUCUCUUGCCAGGGGCCGAUUGAGAGCGUGGAUGGAUUCUCGAGGAGAGAGCUGCACCACCCAACGUGACAGGGCGGGUGAAGAGUGACUAAGUUCUAGAAAAAUAUAAAAAUACAAAUAUCAGAACCAGAAGCAGAACCAGUACGAAAGAAAGCC